AUGGCAGACCAUGACCCAAAUAUAUUCUACUCUGGCAAGCAUGACAAAAACACCAUCAGCGCAGAAGAUUUCACAUGCCACGUCACGCUAAAAAUGCAAAGCAUGGCGCUAACCACCAACACCAACAAGCUGGAGGCCUUCGGAGACUUUCUGAUGGCAGGGGAGCCAGCAGACAAGUGGUGGAAGGCGAGGAAGGUGACAACGACACUGAUUACACAAUGGGCAGACGUGCAGACAGCAUUUGUGGCCAAAUUUGACGUGCUGCAAGCAGCAGAGAAAACCAAGCAAGAGUGGGAACAGGAGCUCAGUAAGCUCUGA